CGCACGCUGGGAGUAGGAACAUAAACUAGGAUCCUGUACGCACCCGACAAGGCAUGAUGUCAAGCAGUAAUGCGCGUGGGUUCCUAAAGGUCGUGGAUGGCAUCGUUGUGCCCAGGUUCUUCAAAGACGAAUGCGUCACAGAAGCCAUCAAUUACAAGGCAGGUCCUGGAGAUGUCUUCGUGGCGACUUAUCCGAAAAGCGGAACGACGUGGCUGCAGUACAUCGUGUGGUGCUUGUACAAUCUGGACAAGAUCUACGACGGCGUUCCAAAUGUCUACGAUAUGGUCUACCGGAUCAUGCCUUUCAUUGAUCGGGUUGGCACAGCCGCAAUCCAAUCCAAGCCUCCACCACGUUGCAUGAAGACACACUUCUCUCGCGACGUCAUUCCGUACCACGCAGCCGCCAAAUACGUCGUCUGCGUUCGCAACCCAUUCGACUGCGUUGUCUCCUAUUACCACUUUCGCCACGACAUAAACCAAGAGCUAGCCUUUGACGACGUCUUCGACGACUUCCUUUCAGGCAAAGGAUACUGUGGAUCGUACUUUGACCACGUCCUGUCCUGGUACAAACACCGUCACGACCGCAACGUCUGCUUCGUGUACUACGAGGCCCUCAAGGAAAACCCCGCAGGUCACGUCCUGAAGCUUGCGGACUUCCUGGACCCACAGAACGCAGGACGUCGUCUGCGGUCCGAUCCUGGACUUCUCCAAAAAGUCGUAGAGGUAACGUCGUUUCAGAACCUCAAGAAUGCAGCGUACACAGCUAAGGCCGAGGUUGAUGUUGAGAAGAUGGGAUGGAAAGGAAAACACUUUCGCAAGGGCGUUGUCGGAGACUGGAAGAAUGAAUUGCACGAGAAGCAGGUGCUGAGGUUGAGACAGGCUUUUGACACAAGACUGGCGGGUACAGAGAUGAAGUCUGUGUUCGAGAAGUAUCUGAACUGAGGGCAACGUUCUAUGGGCGCUCCACAGCAAAACCUCGUGCACCGCUAUAUGCUGGGUUGCCGUCCUUUCAGCCUUCGGUAAUGAAGCACAUGGUAGUGGUGGUGGUGGUGGUGAUGGUGAUGAAAGAGCUCGCCGUUGUCGGCCUCACAGAGGUGGGCAACGUCACGACUAACGCCCUAGGGGAAUGUGCGUCCUGCGCCGACUUCUAAGCACAACCUGCAGAGUCACAAUGCAAAUGCGGCCUUUACAAGACGGGCCAUCAUAAGCCAACGACGAAGGAGCGAUUGCGCGCCCAUUGUGAACAGCCCGCUUCAUACACCAAUGAAGCAUACGUACGCGCCAGUGGCGGAUCAAAAAAAAAACAAAAAAAAAAACGCUGGGUUACACAUUAGUUUUCCCCUCUCCCUUCCCCAGUUACUGCCUCGACAAAGAAGCCGCCCCCACCUCCAAAGCGGGGGUCUGGACCCGCCCCAGGUGCGCGCCCUAUCUGGAUGUGCUCUCUAUCUCUCUCUCUGUGUAUGCUGUAUGUAUCAUUAUUAAUUAAACAUCAAUCUUUUGUAAGUUC